AUGUCGUUGCCGCUCUCCUCACCCAGGACCCCCAAGCGCCGCCCCACAACGCGCCGCCUGCUUAGCGUCGCCAACGUCCGCACCGCCUGCAAGGUCCUCUACCUCGACGACCAGAUCAAGACGCUCGAGGCGCGCUGGAAGGAGGUUGAGGCGCGCGAAGACGAGCUCCUCGAGCGCGAAGAGGCGCUCGCCGCGGCCCAGAGGCAGGGGCUCGCCUCGCCGCUCCAGCGUGACCUGCAAUCGAGGAUGGCCGACUACGAGGCUCGGCUAGCCGAGCUCGAGGAACGUGAGCUGCACGUCCGCCAGGCCGAGGAGGUCGUCUCGCGCAAGGAGCGCAGCGUCGACGCCCAGCGCCAGAUGUGCUCCGACGAGUGGGACAAGUGGUAUGCAGGAGAAAAGGGCAAGGCGCUCGAGGACAACCAGGCCCUGGCGAGCCGGGUGGCCAAGCUCGAGGCGCAGCUGCGACGGAUGGCAGCAAGUGAUGGCCACGAGGGCGCUUCGAUGGCGACGGCAACAGCAGCAGCUCCCUCCUUACGGCGUCAGGCACGGCAUUCCGAGCUGCCCAUGGGGCGCAAGGCGGCAGCACUGCCUCGCGCCGACAGCCUCACGGGCAACCUCUCGUCGGUCGGGACGAGGCCUCCGGUUGCCGCUUCGGCCGCUCGCAACCCCGCCCGCCCGACCGCGAGACGGACGGCAUCCGGCGGCAAGGCGCGUCUCUCGCUCGACGGAGACGUCAGCAUGCUCAGCAUCCGCGAGAGGCUGGCUGCCGGCGCCACGGGCCUCGGCACGCCUCGCACGGCGCACCAGCAGGUGGUCGUUGUUCAGGAGCCGGAGCGAGAGUCGCUGCAGGCAGACGACCAGGAGCAGGGCCAGAGCCGGAGCCAGGGCCGGAGCUACGAGACGGCAGCGGCAUCAUCACCUCGGCAAAGGACAUCGUCAAGGGCAAGGGUCAACAGCCAAAGCCAAGGUAGCGACGAGUGGAUCGAUCAGGAAGGCCGUGACGAUAAAUGGCAGUCACCAACCAAGGCCCCUUCAUCGUCGGCAGCCGCCGCCACUGCCCCGGCAACGUCGCUGGAGCCAUCAUCCGCAGCCCAUCAGCAGCGCCAGAGCCGAGCUCGCGCCUCGAGACGGCAGACCAUCGCCACCGAGCUCGUCGACGAGGACGCGGCCGCGGACGCGGACCGGCAAGGCCAAGGAUCCAUCGACGCCGGCAUCGAUGACGGUCUCGAUCGCCAUCACGGGCCGCUCCGGCCCCGCGCCUCCCGCCCUCGACUGUCCAGGAGAGAGGCAAGCGACGCAGCCGAGGCGGAACUUCACGCCGCAAGAGAGGAGCAGCGAAUGCUUGACGCCAUCGCCGCCCGCUCGACAGCAUCCGCAUCGGCCUCGGCAUCCGCGGCCGCUGCACUGCCCACGCAGAGGUCGGCGACCACCGCCGCGCCCUCGUCCUCGGCCUCGUCAUCUUCGUCGUCGACAUCGACAUCGACAUCGUCGGCGCCAGCGCACGCCAGCCCGAGGCGGCGCGCCACCGUCGCCACCACCCUCACCCUGCCUGAAGAUCCCAACUGGAUGCAGUAUGACGAAGAAGAUCGUCCGUCACCCUUUAUCAAACGCAUCAGCCGGCUGCCGGAAAAGGUGCUGACGCGGCCGACAACGGGGACGGGGGCCGCUGGCGCUGCCCACCAGCCGGCCAAGCUGAGCCUGCUGAUGAAGGCCACCCGGGCCGCUGCGGUGCAGGCUGCGGGCGAGGGUGCAGCAGCGGCUGCAGCGGCGGCAGCCGAGGGCGACGGCAUAGCUGCGACGUCGGCAGCCAUGAUCCCUUCGCUGCCGUCGGCAUCGUCCAUCAUCGAAGAAGACGCAUCGAUGACAUCCUUGAGCCGGAUAGAGGCUCCACCCGUGGCCGUGCGGCCGGCGCCCGCACCUCCGUCUCCAGCUACUGCAGCGAGGGCAGCAAGGACCGCGGCAUCAGGGCAAGCUCUGCCCCCGGCCCGUCCUGCGGCAAUCUCAUCGAAUGUGGCAACCUCCUCUGCAAGCGCAACGGACAAGGAAAAUGUUCGCACCGCGCCACGACCGACUUCCAACGCACUGCAACCAUCUGCCGCCACGCGCACACGGCGGCUGUCGCACGUCGUCUCUUCGUCGUCGAUUCCGUCGAUGAUGGCGGCGACGACGGCGUCGAACCCGCUCGCAUCCGACCUGGUCAACCAGCAUCAAUCGACGACGUUGCAGAGUGCGGGCGGUGGGCCUCUCAAGCCGACAGAGGCACGACGAACCGCCCAUACGCACACCCUCGCCAGCGGGCCAUUGCGACACGCGCACGCGCACGGGACGACCGCAUCGCAGCCUGCCACUGCCGCCCUGCGUCGACCGCGAUCGAGCCUGUUGGCGGGCAUCACUGUCGCACCGCUCAAGCCGCCCAGCGGCAGCGGCAGCGGCAGCGGCAUCGCCUCGACCACCACCACCACCACCGCUGCUCCUUCUUCUUCUUCUUCGACGACGACGCUUCACAGCGGCCCGGCCGGAUCGACUGGCUCGGCGGCGGCAGCAAGGAGGAUAAGUGGAUUAUCGGAUCGACCGAGAGAGAGGGAGCGGGAGCGGGUGCGCAGUCGUCUUUCUACGGUCCCCUCGUCCUAG